CUUACGACGUAUCUUCUCUAGGCCUACGGUAAUAGUAAUAAUCGGCGACUGGUAAGCCCCCAUGCCAAUGGAGCCUCAGCCAUGACAAUUUCUCCCAUACUCGCACAUGCUAUGUAAACUUGCAUGCCAUACGUCGCAGCUCGCUCACCUUUAAAUUGCAUAGCUGCUGCCAUUAAAUUGCCGUUUAACAGGUCCGCCCUGAUACCUUCAUUAAACUCGUAUCUGGUUCCGAAUAAGCUAAUUCACUAUCAACAUGACUCAAUCACUUGUCCCAGAUACCACCUUGCCAACCGAAAUCCCAGAGUCUCGCCAAUCAGCAGCUAAUGCUCCCGUAUCAAGCCUGUUCUCACUCAGCAAGAGAACAGUGAUUGUCACGGGCGCUGGUCGAGGUCUAGGCAUCGUGCUCGCUGAAGCAAUUCUCGAAUCUGGUGGCGACGUUAUAUGCCUCGAUAUUCUGCCAGCUCCAAGCAAAGACGAGUGGACUCGAAUUGAGCAGACCCAGAAAACUUCCGGUACAUAUUGCAGCUACCAUCAGUGCGAUAUCACCGACGAAGAUGCUGUGACAGCAACUUUGACGGAGGCCGCAAAAGCUGCUUCGAAGAGGGGAAACCCAAUACGCGGGCUCAUUUCGUGUGCCGGCAUUCAGCAAAUGCUGGAUGCGAUUGAUUACCCUUUGGAUGGUUUUAGACGGAUCCUCGAGGUCAAUGUCACUGGAAGCUUCUUGAUCGCAAAGCAUACUGCACGAAUCCUAUGGGAUGAGGGUAACUCUGGCAGCAUUGUCUUCAUUGCUUCUAUGUCUGGACAAAUAGCCAACAGAGGCAUCCAUUGCUCGGCUUAUAACACAUCCAAAGCUGCAGUGCAACAAAUGAGCAGGUCGCUUGCUGUAGAAUGGGGACAGUAUGGCAUCAGAGUGAACACACUGUCCCCGGGAUAUAUCCGUACAUCCAUGACCGAUCAGCUGCUUGCAGAGAAGCCAGAAAUUGAGAAGCUCUGGAUGGCUGGUGCACUUCUCGGACGACUUGGUGCUCCAGAGGAUUUCAAGGCUCCUGCAAUUUACUUGCUUACAGAUGGUUCGUCUUUCAUGACAGGAGCUGAUUUGCGUGUGGACGGAGGACAUUGCGCAUCAGCAUAAUUACUUUUACUUACAACCUAAUUGAGUUAGAGGC